GUUCUAGGGGGCGCUAGUGCACUCAUGUUAUUUGUCAUCCGCCAAUAAACGCCAAGAGGAAGAAGACGAAGAAUUUCUCGAACAUGUCUGACUACGCCACCGUCCAGAAGAGUGCCUUGAAGUUAAAAGGCGUAGGCAGCGUUUCAGCAGGAAAAAAGAAAAAGAAGAAGGAUAAAGAGAGCAAGCAUCGCCUGGAGCAGGUUGUGACCAGUCAAAACGACGAGGAGGUGACAACUAAGAAAACGUACAUUGACAAAAGGACACCAGCACAAAUGGCCUUCGACAAGAUGCAGGAGAAGAGGCAAAUGGAGAGGAUUUUGAACAAGGCAUCAAAGACACACAAACACAGAGUGGAGGAUUUCAAUCGUCACCUGGACAACCUGACAGAACAUUACGAUAUUCCCAAGGUCAGCUGGACCAAAUAAAAGUGGAGCGAUUGUUUACUUUUUUCUUGUACACUGCAUGUACAAAUCUUUCACAUGUUGCAUUUCGAAAAUAUUUGUUACUCGCUCAUAUUUUAUCCUAAAUGUGUUGACUUAGAUUUAUGUUGAUUCGUUGUAUUCAAUAAAGAUUUGUGUACAUUAUCAUUCUUUUAUUUCCAUUGUAAAAUAUGUAUGUAAUAAAAUGUAUAAAACUGUC